AUGAACAUUUUGACCCCACACAGACUAGAAGAAUGUGAAAUACAUAAAUUUUGGGAAAUCGAAUCCAUAGGAACAGAAACAGACAGCGAAGUGAAAGCGAAAACGGACUUACAAGAAAUGACGGCUUACCAAGAGAAUAACAUUUAUUUGAAAGACAAUAGGUACAUCGCCAAGUUUCCAUGGAAACCAGAACAUCCGGAGUUGCCUAGCAUCGAGAUGAUCGCCAGAAAGAGAGCAUACAACGUGAAAAACCGACUUGCUAAAGAACCAGAGAUGCUUAAGAUAUACGGUAACAUUAUCAACGACCAAGAAAAUCGAGGUUUUAUAGAGAAGGUUGAGACCCCGGAUGAGACUACUAAUCGAGUACACUAUAUUCCGCACCACCCAGUGAAAAAAGAUUCAUCGACUACACCGAUACGUAUAGUAUAUGAUUGCAGUUGUCGUCAAGAUUCAGAAUCACCCAGCUUAAAUGAUUGCCUUUCUUCUACACCGCCGCAGCUUAAUAAGCUAACAGAUAUUCUUACAAGAUUCCGCUACGGGAAAUACGCCUUAACAACUGAUAUUGAGAAAGCAUUCCUCCAGAUUGGACUAGACGAACAAGACCGCGAUUCCACCCGAUUUUUCUGGCUUAGAGAUCCAAGCAACCCCAAGAGUGAACUUGGGACUUACAGAUUCAAGGUAAUUUUAUUCGGAGCGACAUGUUCGCCAUUUAUUCUUAACGAUACAUUAUUGAAACGGUUACAAGUGCUACAGCCUGAGAUACUUAAGCCCAACGCGCUUAUGGAGCCAGUGCCUACUUGUGUAAAGGAAUCACUUCUUCUCUCGUAA